AGUAGUAGUAGUAGUAGUACUUUUCUGAAGUACUGCGUGUGUUUCAGAGCCCACCAACAUGUUGGAUGUGCGAGCCAUUCUCUGGUUGGAGAACUACCUGCAGACGUGGCAGUCCACCAUCUUGGUCGUCUCCCACGACAGAAACUUCCUGAACGCCGUGGUAACAGACAUCAUCCACCUGCACUCCCAGAGGCUCGACAGUUACCGUGGCGACUAUGAAAACUUCAUCAAAACCAAAGAAGACAGACUGAAGAACCAGCAGAGAGAGUAUGAGGCCCAGCUGCAGUACAGACAACACAUACAG